ACUUUCAACUCUUUUAUUUAACAUACGUAUGUCUGAAAUAUCAAGAACAAUAUAUAUUGGUGAAUAUUAUUUGAAACGUACUCAUUUUAUAUGUAAUGAAAAGAUGAAAUAAGAUGAAAACAGAUGUUCAAACUUGUUAUCUUUUAUGAUGGAUGUGUAGUUGGUGGAGUUGAUAAGUUUGAAAUAAUGAAAUGAAGAGUUUUCCUUUAAAUUCCGUAACAUUUAUUUUUUUCGAAUGUCAAGUUGCAUUUGAUAACUUAACCAGAAAACGCCUUCAUUUUGUGAAGAUUUUGUGAAUGCCUUCUAGGUGUUGCGGAAACCAAACGUAAUUAUUUUAACACUAAGUCUUAUUCUUUUUUUUUAAUAUCGACAUUUUGUCUCAGCGUAAUCAAGAGCAUUUCCAACUUCAUACGUUUGUCAUCAUAGGUAUAAAAAGCUUUACGCUGACAUCUAAUAAGAGUGAGACUAGCUAAGUUUCCGGUAUUUACUUUUGUAAUUUACGCUGAUUAAAGAAAUAUCUUCUACACAAAGGAUUUAUUAAAAUAUGCAUGAUUACAAGAAAAAUAAAAUUAAUGACUGGAAUGAUACAACAAAACAGGAUAACAGAUCGAUUCAUAAUUGUAAUUUACAUUUUCAAUAUUAUGAAAGCGGCUGCAAUUUUUUAUCACUAUAUCCAAGUUGUCAUAUAAAAUAGCUGUGCAAUAAAUCUGCGGCUGCAAAUUUUUAUCACUAUAACUAACAUUGCCAUAUAAAAUAAUUGUGCAAUACUAUAAAAUAUGAAAAUGUGCGGCUGCAUUUUUUAUCACUAUAACUAGCAUUGUGAUACAUGUAUAAAACAGUUGUGCAAUACUAUAAAAUAUGAAAAUUUGUGGCUGCAAUUUUUAUCAUAAUAACUAACAUUGUCGUAUAAAACAGUUGCGCAAUAUUAUAAAAUAUGAAAAUUUGCGGCUGCAAUUUUUGUCACUAUAACUAACAUUGUCGUAUAAAACAGUUGCGCAAUACUAGAUCUAUAAAAUAUGAAAAUUUGCAGCUGCAAUUCUUUUAUUGCUAUAACUAACAUUGUCAUAUAACAUAAUUUUGUGCAAUACUGUGAAAAUUUGCGGCUGCAAUUUUGCAUCAUUAUAACAGAUACUAUGUGGCAUUAUAAGUGCAACAAUAUUUUGGUGGACGCAGUCCUAUAUCUCUACUGUGAUAUCAUAAUGAAGCUUUUAACUACUUAAUAUGUUAUAAUCAGGCUUACACAACAGGAUAUAUUAUAAUAAUGCAAAAAAUAACAUGUUAUAUUAUAAAUACGAAAACUAUAAACAAACAUUUGAUAUUAUUCGCGCUAACGCAACAUGUAAUGAUAAUUAUUAUAAUCACGCAAAAAUGAAUAAUAUAGUGAUAAUUAUGCAUGCUAAAACAGCGACAUGAUUUCAUAUCCAUGCUUCAACAACAUAAUGAUAUUAUAAUUUAUUUUAUGCUAACUGACGAAAUACCGUGUUUUAUCAGUGAGAUAUAAUCCAUAUUACUCAUUGCAUAUCACUCACUGUUGCCGAUCUACUUGCACAUUGUGUAUAAAUUUUAAAUUAUUUGCAUAAAACGGGAUGAAAAUUGUAGUCGCACUUUGUUCUUUAUAGUAUAUUUCUCGAUUCAAAUUGUUUUACUUAAUGACAAUUUCAUAACGUUAUGCAGCAACAAGUAAAAUAAAAUAGAAUUUUAUGUCGUGUGCGUCUUUCUAACGUCACAACACGUCUGACGUCAUGUUUGUUGACGCGCGUCUGUUUCCCGCGCUGAGAUUAAAAUUUGUUGCAAAAUGCAUAACGUAAUUAAGCAUAAAAUAAAAGAAAAUUUGUUUGUUUUUCGUGAAUAUAGAAUAUUUUACCUCAAAGUGAGAAAAAUGUUCAUAUUUUCACUCGCGCUGCGCGCUCAGGAAAAUAUUUGUAUUUUCUCACUUCUCAGUGAGAUAUAUUCCAUAGUCACUCAAAACAAACAGGUAUCCUCUAUCAACUAUGUAUUUUACAAAAGUGGCUCCAGUUGUAAUUUUGUUCAGCAUUUUCUCUUGCUAGUUUCCUACAAGAGGUACAUUUACGGAUAUUGUGUGACUGUUAUGGGCAUUAUUUUCUCUUGUAUACAAAACAAGGCUGCUAAUAAUAAUAAGCUAGCGAGUGUUUACAGCACAAAUAAUAGGUUACUAGCGCGCUAAGAAAAUGCAGUGGGCAUGUCUCUGGCCUGGCCCUGCCCGGCUUAGACUGGCCCGAAGUGUGUAAAUUUCGAUCGGGACAUGCCAAGAGAGGUUAUAGUUUUUGAUUUUCAAAUGUUAUAAACAAUCUAAAUUCAGUGACUACAGGAGUGUGGCAAAUGAAAUAAAGAAAGAAAAAUUAAAUAAUGUAGCCAGUAACACAAAGAGCCAAAGAACAAGGCCAAUGGAUAUUUCACGCCUAACUAACAUAUGUUGUUGUUCAUGUUCUUAUACAUGAAUUAUCUAUAUAUAUUGGAAAAAUAUGUAGAAAUAUAUAUUCUUUUUUCUUGGGAAUCAGCAUACAUUUGGAGUAAAGUAUUUCUAAAUAUUUUUCCAAAUUGUUAUGUAUAUAUUUUGGAUGUGUGCGUGUGUGUGUGUGCGUGCGUGCGUGCAUUCGUGUGUGUGUUUUUAAUAUCGAAAUGAGCAGACAUAUUCUGUAACGAUGUAAUAGACAUAAUAGACAACUAUUUCUAAACGUUCUUGUUUUCGAAUUACAAAUAUCAAAAGGCUGUUUAUAGCAUUAACACGCGUUAAGUUAUUGUAUGGCUUCUGCAUUUAAUAACCACCUAGAAGUCCGUAAAUAUAAUUUUGUACAGCUUGUUAGAAUUACGUGACUGAAUAAAUAAAUAAGAAAAUUUAAUUAAUGAUAUUAAACAAUAAAUAUGCUGCAUAUUGAAAAAUGUUAACACCUGCUGUUUUGUUACUCUUUUCAAUAAGAAUAUGUACUGUCAAUUACAACUUAACAGGGUUCCUCUACUUGUUGACACAAUCAAUCAAUCUUCUAACUUUUUUUGCGUUCGCAGCGGGUGGCAUCCGUAAUACCUAUUGACACUAGUUUAACUUAUUCCAUCAAUACAGGACCAUUCUGCAGUUGUCUUCAGCAGGAACACACAAACAUUACGAGAUUCACACACAAAACGGUGUUAUAGCGAACAUUAUAAGUCGAAUCUCUAUAAGGAUACAACAUUUCAAAAUAAAAUACAAUAAUACUCAUUCGCAAAUAAUGAAAUAAAUGAACUUUUGAAUCUUAAUCGGGUGCGUAAAAACAAACAUAUCAUGCACGAACAUACACAAUUUACAACGCGCAGGUGUUAUUCAGUAGAUUUUAGAACACAGAAAAUGCAUUUAAUCUUUCGGUUUAGAUUUUAUUUAUUUAUAUAUGCAAGGACACAACUUUGUCGGGAUUUUCUUUGAUUAUAUUAUUAUCCCAUUAACGUCUAGUGUCCCAUAUUUUGGACGCUUUGGACAUCUUGUUAUUGUUCCGGGAUAUAACAUACAUUCUCUGUUAUCUCUGUAAUGUGGCUGGGCUAUCAGUCCAUUGUAUCAGGUAACACCAAUUAGAACUGAAACAGAGACAGAUUUCGGGCGUUCACAUUAUACCAAUCAAAGACGACUUUUUUCCUGAUGAAUAUGCCUCUAAAACGGUAAGUGCAUAUUUUUCACAACGAAUAUUGUAAACAAAACAUAAAAAUGUUAAUUGUUUUCUAUAUGCAAAUAUGUGUUUUUUAUGAUGCAGUACUAGAAAUUGUGAUAUCUGCUAAUUGUCUUUACAGCUUUUGUAAAUCAAUAAGACGUCCAAAACUUAGGGCUCUGGUCACUUAUAUAUACUAGUAGACAAAAUGUGAAAUAUUAGCAACUUAUUUGUAUUGUGUAAAUAUGCUUUAAUAUUACAUUUUGUACACAUUUAUGUUAACAGGUUCACUAGUUUUAAAUCUUUUGGAAGACGGUACAGAGUUUUAAGCUUUUAAGUUUUAACUACGGGUCCAGAGGAUGCUACAAAAAGUGACAAAGAAAGCGGAGACGAAGUUCUUGACGGCAGUAUGAAUAACCUAACAGGAAACCAACUACGUGGAGUUGCGAUGUUUCCCUGAGAAAUGCAACAGGUACAGCCUCAUACCUCUCUGGUAGAGAGGAUGUUGGUACUUCGUGGGAUGAGAAUGAGGAAUCUAGUUCGUCAGCAAGUUCUAGGGUACUGUUGACUAUGAUGUCCGCCUGCCUGAACAACAAACUAUCACUGAUCAAGAAAUGCCAAAUGCUCCUAGGAGAGGAAGACGCCAGCUUGCACAGCGUCGUCACUGGAUAAGGGAAGACAUUUCAGAUGCUCAGAGAGACAGGCACUCUGCUUUGAAUUAUGGACGGCUUGAUUUCUUCAAUAGAGACUGAGAGCCUUAUAAUGCUCUUUGAACUAUAAUUCGAUGAUGAAGUGUGCGCAUUGAUCAAAAAGCAAAGCACAAAUUAUGCCAGACCUCAAGGGAAUCACACGUUUCAGAUCUCUAUUGAAGAAGUUCGACUUCUCCUUGCUAUGCUCCUAGGGAUAUGCCAGUCUUCACAGACGUAUGUUGCAUUAGGAACAGCAGGUUGAUACUAGAAAUGAGGCAAUAUGUAAUGCUAUGUAAAGAAAACAAUUUGAAGAAAUACUGAAAUAUCUUCAUGACAGCGACAACAAUCAACUAAACUCAAAUGAUAAAAUGAGCAAGAUUAGAUAAUUGCAGUUUUCUCCAAGAGAGCAAGACAUUUUAAUCGAUGAAGCAAUGAUUCCUUACACUUCGGCAAACAAAGUUCUAAGCAAUUCAUACGCAGGAAACCUAGCAGAUGUUGAUUUAAGUUGUUGUGCCUUACAACAAGAUUAGAUUAACUCGUUCAGUUUGAGCUCUAUCAAGGUGCAGGUGCUGGCCAGCAUGAGCUGGAAAUGGGUGCUGAUGUUAUUCCGGAUCUAAUCUCAGAGAUUCCAUAUUGGUUGUACUUCGACAAUUUGUUCACAAGCGUGAAGUUAUUGGACAAACUUACUGAAAUGGGAAUUGGAAUGACAGGAACAAUGCGCGCAAAUCGACUCGAAAAGUGUCCUUUGGCCCCUGAAAAGCAGAUGUUGAGAAUGUUUACAUAAAGAUGAACGGAUGUAACCUAAAUUCUAACACGACCAGCGAAAAACCUACAUAUAUGGAGAACAAUAUCUAUCUCGGGUUAUUCUACAAUAAACCACCCGUGUACUGUGCUGCGCGCGCAUCGUGUUUUGGCCAUUCCAUUUAUACACUGCGUGUAAAGUUUUAUGAAUGAAUCUGCAACUUUAACAGCUUCGUGGGAGGAAAUUUCAACAGCCAAAUCCAGCAGCUGAUGACUGACCAGUAUGAAGCGAAACCGGAAGUAGUGAGAGUAAAUGCAACAUUUUGCAACCCAAGUGAGCAUGAUGAAUUAUCCGAUAUCAACGUGAUUGAUAAAAUGGAUACCGAAGCUUUGUAUCUUACAUUUUCUAGAUACAUCUUAACUAAACAGAUAAAAUGUUGUAACGUUAGCAGAGCGGGACCUGGGAAUACGUUUGGAAAGAACAUUUGUUUGGAUUACUUUAACAAAAUGCAAAAUAGAUGCCUUGUAUAUUCCUUUGGCUCUCAGUUUAAAUUUGAUUUUGAAAAUGCCAUUUCGAAAUCCUACAGAUGCGAAAUACAUACCUUUGAUCCCAGCCUUUCAACAGAAGGUGUUCAUAUACCUAGUGGGGUAAACUUUCAUUUAAUAGGACUUUCCAACACAGAUACAAUAUUUUCUGCGCCUGUCGGUUUCAGAGGUGAAAAGAAAUGGAGAAUGCAGUCUCUGUUGUCAAUUCGAAAAUCCCUUAAACACACGAAGAGAUUUAUUGAUGUUCUGAAGAUCGACAUUGAAGGUUGGGAGUGGAAAGCUUUACCAGAAAUUUUACAGUCAGGCGUAUUAAACUAUGUGAAACAGUUGUGUUUAGAAGUACAUUUUGGUUAUGAUAUCCAGAUAAUUUGGAACGGUAACCGGGCAGUAGGUUACAGACAUUUAAACACGACGUGGGGCAAUGUUGCAAUUCAAAAUCAGCUCCAGACUUUAAAAAGAUUAUAUGAUCAUGGUUUCAGAAUAUUUAUGUCCGAUCCAAUAAAACAAUGGGCAACUUAUCAUUUAAAACAGACAAAAAAGUCUAUCGAUACUUUGGUAGAGAUAUCUUUAGUGAAUAUAUAUAAUCAAUGACUACGUCAUUGCCCAUUUCUUGUCCGUUCAUAUGUUCAUGUGUUGUGACUGUUGUUUUUGUGUUCUCUUCUUACCAUUGUAUUGACAUUUCCCACCACCUUAUAAUUGUUUUUACCCCAAUUUUAUCUUAAUUUUACCCCACCUUGACAUUGAGUUCACCCUCUUUAUCUAAAUUUUACUGAUUCUACACUCAACCCAACUAUAUUAUUGACUUGUCUCUCGCCCAACGUUUAUGUUGACUUUAUCACCACUUUUGUAUGAACUUUACUCUAAUGUUUUUUUAAUAUUAUCCUCACUUUGCACAUUACUGAUUUCUUAUGUAAGUGUUCAUUGGGUAUAUAAGCUCAUUCUAAUCUCAGUGCCAAUUUGACAUGAAUUUCCUGAGUUGUGUUCUUCUUUUUUAAUGUAAAGCGCUAUUUUUAAUAAUGUAAAGCGCCAUUUUUCAUAAUGUAAAGCGCCAUUUUUCAACAGAAUUUGAGUUAUGUAUUAUGUUAUUAUGAUGGGCAGUAUUCCUGAAUUCUGUACCAGUAUUUACUCGUUCUCUGCAAGUUACUGCAACAGGAUGUAGGGAUAGAUGACGAAAGAUUUUAGGCACAGAGUCUUUUAUCAAAUUGUCCCAGACAACAAACGCCACGCCUCGGGAUCUUACAUAGGACCUAGCAGUCCGUAGAUACAUGCUCUGCCCGUUGAGGUACGAGGAUAGGAUUUGGUUGCUUGUGCGAUUUUUAAUGUUUUCAUGGAUUCUUCUUUGAUGUCAUUCUGAUAUUUAACUACCUGUAGUAAUUAUGUUUCUAAAUAUCUUAAUUAUAUUCAGAAAUAGAUAUAUGAGCCGUGCCAUGGGAAAAACCAACAUAGUGGCUUUGCGAGCAGCAGGGAUCCAGAGACCAGCCUGCGCAUCCGCGCAGUCUGGUCAGGAUCCAUGCAGUUCGCUUUCAAAGCCUAUUGCAAUUAGAGAAACUGUUAGCGAACGGCAAGGAUCCUGACCAGACUGCGUGGAUGCGCAGGCUGGUCUGGAUCCAUGCUGGUCGAAAAGCCACUAUGUUGGUUUUCCCAUGACACGGCUCAUAUCUGUAAAUCAAACAUAACAACAGCGUUUUAAGUAUGAAACAUGAAACAGAUUGUGCUACUUCAUUUUGGUUAUAUUUUUACAGAUUACAAGAACCUAUUUUCUAUUUUAUUGUCAAACAGAUAAAAACAUACCAGAGUCUGAUCUUUACAACAGCAUACAAGAGUCUGACCUUUACAACAAUAAUUACAGAUGAUUAAACUUAAUAAUUAUAAAUAUAUAAUUGCAUUGAUAUUUACAGAUAAUUAAAUAUAGUUAUUAUACAUUGUAUAAUUGCACUGAACUCUGUUUAAGGUCAAUGACAUUCGCAACAAAAAUCUAUCUUAUUAAGUAUUAAUUUGAUGUCCUAUGAAGUAGAAAUAUGAAACUAAUUGAAUAAUGAAUAUUUAGUAGGUUCAAUAUUGACCAUGAUUUGUAAAAAUGGUUAAUACUAUAAUAAAGCGCAAUGAUAACCAAAUGUAACUUUGGUUCCUUUCAGUUGGAUUCCUCUGACUUUUUUGUUAUUAUCUUUGUUGCUGUUGAUCAAAAUAAAUAUGCUAUUUACGUGUAGGUUUCUAAAUAAAAAUGAUUAAUGAAACCUAACUUCUGCACAGAGUCACUAAAAGAAAAUAUGUGCUUAAUUAUUUUCCAAUCCAAUGAAAGUUGACGCAUAUAUUUCUUAUGAAAGUUACAAAGAUGUCAACGAUAAAAACAGAGGAAUGACCAAAUUACUACUUUGACAUAAUCAGGGGAAGUAACUGACUAAUGUUCGCAUAUACGUUUUUUGUGGUUAUCAAGAAUAACAAAAUUAUCAGAUAUGGCCUAUUCGUAAUGUAUCAAAAUUCGUUGUUAUCAGUACAGGAAAUAUUUUUUUCUUACGAUGGCAAUAUGGAAGUCGGAGAGAAAUUCGUCUCAGAGUUCUGCCUUCAUAUAGGAUCAACUAGUUUCUAAAAAAGAAAAGAUACGGUAAUCUUCCAAAUCAGUCAGUAAAAAUGAAACACAGUGAACACUGUAUAUGCGAUCACCUGUAUUAAGCGACUUUUUUAUUAAGUGACUGCGUUAAAUCCCUCCCAAACGUUUUUUAUUAUGUAUUUACAUUACAUUGAACGAAUGUUUCAUUACGCGACCACCGGCAACAUAAAAUCUGCCCCAGAACUUAAAAUUCACUGGAAAAGUAUAUAUUAAAUGACUGUGUACGAUACUUUUCACAACCUUCUCGUUGCAAAUGUUUACAAUAAGCCUUUACAACAGUCAAGCAAACAAACAAAUGCUUGUCAGUUGACUGCAAAAUGUGUUUGGUAUGUUCAACCAAAUCUUGAACGAUAGCUGUUACAGUUUCAAACUUGAUGCGCAUGGUAUAUCAAAAUAUUUCUUGUUUUUUUUUCCCUUUUUUUUCUAAUUAAGAGACCGUUCUAUUAAGAGGCCAAUUUUUGGUCGUCUCUUUAGUGGUCUCUUAAUUCAAUGUCGGAAAUUAAACAUUUGAAUAUUUCUAGCAAGACUGAGACACCCCCGUUUUUCUGAUGUAUCACUUUUAGCGAAUGAAUUAAAUGGGGGCAGUCUUUACUGGAACUAUGUAAGGUUUUUUUAAGCGAUCAAUAAUCUUGUAACUAGAUACUUUCUCAACAUCAUUGACGAAGUGGUUGAAAGUCAUCGACCUUAACCACUCGGCAACGAAAGUCCCCUCGACAUGAUCUAGCCGAGGAUAAAUACAGAAUGAAGAACUUUGAAUGAUUUGAAUUUUAAUAUACAGGAAGAAAACUACCCAAAUCAAAGUCAUAAGACAAAUAGAUAUACACUAAACAUAAAACGUAGACAAACACACGAGGCAAAAUUAAACGAAGUCUACGUCAUUUUGAAAAGAGUAAAAAAGUUAAGUUUUCAAUACAGUUUAUGGACCAGACGUUACAUGAACCUUAAGUGUAUGACACAUUUUCGUUCCAAAAUUCAUAUUACGUGUUUUAAGAAUAUAGUAUUGCAGGUUUUGUAUUCGAUUUCAUUUUUUUUCUUUUUUGAACAUUCUAGGAAAAUGUGAUGUUUUCAGCUUGAGCAUUUUUUACAAUAUUAUGAUCUUUAUUUACAAAUCUACAUCAUU